UAAAGCAGCUCCUGCUCGAGUGACCCGGAGAGAAGCUUCCCGUCCUCCCUCCACCUCCCCGGCUUCAGCAGCCAUGUCCAAACCCAAGUUCCAGACCGAGUGGGAGGAGAUCGACGAGGAGCACCAGCAGCUACAGGAAAGUCACAAAGUUUACAGACACAAACUUGAGGAGCUCACCAAUCUGCAGACAACGUGCAGCAGCUCCAUCAGUAAACAGAGAAAAAGCCUGAAGGACCUGAGGUACAGCUUGAGCAAAUGUGCGAAAACGUGUGACAAGAAAGAACUAGAGUUGAUCGCGGACAUCAAAACACAAAUCAAAGAAAAAGAGAAUGUCUUUUUUGAUAUGGAGGCAUAUUUGCCGAAGAGGAACGGACUGUACCUCAAUUUGGUCCUGGGCAACGUUAACGUAACACUUCUCAGCAACCAGGCAAAAUUUGCCUACAAAGACGAGUACGAGAAGUUCAAGCUUUACAUGACAAUAAUCCUGAUGUUUGGAGCCAUAACCUGCCUCUUCCUUCUCAACUAUCGUGUCACUGAUGAAAUCUUCAACUUUUUGCUGGUGUGGUACUACUGCACCUUGACCAUAAGGGAAAGCAUCCUCAUGAGCAAUGGCUCCAGAAUCAAAGGUUGGUGGGUGUCUCACCAUUAUGUGUCCACCUUUCUGUCUGGUGUAAUGCUGACCUGGCCGGAGGGAGCCAUGUAUCAGAUGUUCAGAAGCCAGUUUCUUGCUUUCUCUAUAUAUCAGAGCUUCGUUCAGUUCCUCCAGUAUUACUACCAGAGCGGCUGCUUGUACCGGCUGCGAGCUCUGGGAGAGAGGAAUCAGCUGGACCUCACAGUGGAGGGAUUCCAGUCCUGGAUGUGGAGAGGCCUCACGUUUCUUCUGCCAUGCCUCUUUUUUGGCCAUUUUUGGCAGCUGUACAACUCGGUGACCCUGUUUCGCUUGGCAGGACAUGAAGACUGUAAAGAGUGGCAGGUGUUUAUGUUGGCGUUGACUUUUCUCAUCCUGUUCCUGGGAAAUUUUCUCACCACAGUAAAAGUUGUCCACCAGAAAAUCCAGAAAAAUCAGGAAAAGGGGCAAAAAACUGACUGACAUAAACUCAACAAGACGCCUCAAAUUCUUCCAAACGGCCAGUAACUUUGAAGCAACAGGCACAGAUGGCUGGAGAGACUGACCCCUGUACGAUCGGGCCGGGAGAAGACAAAGCUUCUCUCGGGCUUCGAUCCCGCCGGAGUAUCUGGAGAUCAGGCUUUCUGCUUUCUGCUGACUCGUUGUUUGUGUCGCUGCUCGGUCGGUCUCCACACAAAGCGUCGUUCACCUUUCUAAGGAUGAGCAGUUUUGUUGCUUUAUCUUGUACAUAAAAAAAAAAAAAAAGUGAGUGGAAAGAAUGCAUUGUAUUUGAGUGUUGGUGUAUGUGAGUCUGUAGGAGCCUUUGUUCAAAUCAUAUGCAACUGAAAGAGGGCAAGGUAGCAUCAAUAUACAGAUGGGUGACAAAUUUAAAGGAAAAGCAAAUUGUGUCAACCACCAGAACGGCUUUGGUGUGCCUUGGCAUUGAUUCUUCAAGUUUCUAGAUACGACUGUAGGGAAAAAAAAACUCCAAGUUUUUCCUCUAAUUUAUCACCCGUCUGUAAUUUGCCUUUCAAGGACUUAACGUCUGUUAUGUACAUACUUCAUACUUCUGUGAAGUAGCAACUGUCUUUGGCUCAGUCAAAACGUGGACAUGUUCAAAUUGGCACUGCCCUUCAUUUCUUUUACGAGUAGUUCCCAAACUCCCCAUCGAGCUGUUGCACUGCUAACCCGUGUUGUUACUUGUUUAUUUUAUUUUUAACUAACUUUGGUUCUCAGUCAAAUAGAUUCAACUUUAAAAAACAUAGACCUGAUUCUUCCAAAGCAGGUUACCUUCAGCUUCCUGAAAACAAAUGUGUGAUGUUAGAACGCAACACUGUUGUUCGCGUUAGGCAGCGUUUGCAUAAAUGUGUGUGUGAUCUAAUCCCUAAACUCUGGCUCACACCUAAAAACUUUGCAAGGUUUUCAUGUGACUGCCUCUCCAGCGGUUCCAUUUUAUGAUAUCAUUAGCAUAACGCUAACAAAUUGUAAUGUAUAUGUAGGUUUAUCGUGUUUCACUCAAAAUUUUAACUUGUGUAUUAAGAGCUUUGAGCCUAAGAAACGUUUUGUCACAAAGGUUCAAAGUUCAUGCAGAGUUUUUGGAUUUGUGAUCACUGUGCUGCCACCGUUCCCAUUUUAUUCUGGAAUGAUCAAACGCUGCUAUUAGCGCUGGUACUGUGAGGCUAUGACGCACACUGAUGAGUAAUCAUGUGCUGGAUUAUUUUAUUUUAUUCAAGUAGACGUACUAAAUUAAAUAUUUAUAAGAAUUAAUUAAUGAACGGCCACUUCCAUGGCUUUUACUGUUGUUCAUUGUCGUGGUGUCUGGAUCACAUUUCAUGCUUUCAUGUUUAAAAAUGGCCCUCGAGGGUGUUUCUGUCCGGGGGUCGGUGGGUUCAAACGAACAGCUGUAGUGGUGUCGGGUCUCUGCCUUAUUCUCCCUCCAGCCUGUCACAGCAAAACACUGCCCUGCUUCUUUUAUUUUGAAAAUCCAAAGACAGAAAUUGUCUUUUCUUCUCCCCCCUCCCCCUUUUCAUACAGUAGUGCUGCUGAGGAGGGUCACAGUAUUUACACAUCACUUUUAUUGAUGAUUGACAAGUUACAGACUAAAAUGUUACAUGAGCUGCCAGGAUGCACAACACAGUGAAAGACUUCCUUGUUUUUAUGAUGUAGCCGAUGUUAAAUAAAUGUUUUCAUCAAUCUUCUUGAAUCUGUAACUGGUGCCUGAACAAGAUCAGUGACGAGAGACGGUUGACAAUUUCUCUGUGUACAUUCUUGUAAAGAAAUAUUUAAAAUUAAAAACACGUAAUUGCAA